AUGUUUUCGAAAAGACCAGAUAAGCUCACUACAGGGCUCAUUAACAUGACCACUGACUGUUUUGCCAAUGUUUGUUUGCAGGCUCUCGCUUCUCUUCCGGGGCUCAAUGAGUAUUUGAAUGCGAUGACUGAGUUUAGAAACUCUCUCAUUGAGCAACGCGCCAAGCUGCCCCCGUAUGAACUUCACCAAGCACUCAUUCAUCUUCUGUCCAAACUCCAAGAGACCGUUUACCGGCCCCGUGUGUUAUCAGUGUGGGAAUUCUUGCAUGUUAUUGAGAAAAUCUACAACAGUAAGAUAUCUGUCAGCCAACACGACGCGCACGAGCUUCUGCAGCUGAUUUUGGAGACUCUGGAGAGAGAGCAUGUUCAGCUAAGAAAAACGGCUCCCAACGUUCCCGAGUUCCCGUUUAAGGGCGAGGUUUCCUCGCAGCUGCGUUGCAUGAGAUGCGGCAAGAAGAGCUCGACCAAUUACAAUCCGAUGAUGAUUCUGUCUCUUCCAGUUCCACAGGAGUCGUCUAUUGACUUGGAGAGCAUGCUGAGAGGCAGCGAGAGUGACAUUAUUGAUGACUACUCCUGCACGAGGUGCAAAAUAAACUAUAUCCUCAGCACUGCCAAGCAGAACAGCCCUAUGUUGAACAAACUCAAGAGAAAACUCAAUGACGACCUGCUGAUAAACGACGACCUGGAGCCUGAACUGGACGAAUUUGUGCAGAGUUACGAGGGCAUCAAGUCCGCCGACGUGAAGUCGACGGUGCACAAGGAAACCUCGAUCAUUCUUCCUCCAAAGCUGCUGGCUGUCCAUCUUUCGAGAUCCAUCUAUGAUACGCAGGCUAGACGCAACCAAUGCAAUGUGGAGUUCAAGGAGUUCCUGAAGCUGAACGUGGAUACUGCCGAGAUGGAGAAGUUCAAGAACGUGGACCAGGACCAAUACGAUGCGACCGAGGAGGAGCCUUCGCAGCUCACGAGGGCAAUCUCGUCGAUCCUGGAGGAGAAACCUGGCACCGAAUUCCUGGAGGACUCAGAAGUGCAUUCCGAUGGACAAGACGAGAACCCAGACAACCAAGACGACGACGAUGACGAGGAGCUGGAGGACGACGACGACGACGACUUGGCUGCCAAGAUGGAGGACCACCAUAUCAGUUUGGACCCGGACGACGGAAUCAAGACUAUCACCUAUAAGUUGAACGCUGUGGUGCGGCACCAGGGAUCUCAUUCGCUCGGACACUACGAGUGCUACCGGCGAAAACCUGUGUUUUACAAGAACACCGUGACGGGCGAGUACUACCAGAAGUUCCCAAAGCUUGAGGGCGUGGAAGAGGACGCGAAGGACAACGAGGAGGAGCCCGUCACAGACAUGAAGAGACAGAGUUCAAUGUCGAGACUACGCUCGAGGGUGUCGUCGUUGGUGGGAGGCACCAGACCUAGGUCGCCGUCGGUGUUCGAGAACGCGCAGCCUGUGAUUGCGCGCGACAAGAAGCUUGCCAGCUCGGUGAAAAACCCGUUCUGGCGCAUCAACGACUCCAAGAUUACCGAGUGUUCUUUGUCAGACGUUAUGGACGACUCUCGGGCUGUGUACAUGUUAUUUUACGAGAGGAUCGACUGA